GCUCUUCUUCUUCCCGCUGCAGCCGAACAAAGCCCCUAAGCUGCUGGCAACUUCCUCCCUUGAAAAACCGGUAAAGCUUGAUGAUUUUCCCUUCUCUUCUUGUCCAAGAACCCGAUUUGGAACCCAGAAAUCUUUCCCCCCUGCUGAAGAAUCCGGAUCUGCUCUGUCCUUCCUCUCUUGUCCGCCGGCUGCUCCAGCUUUAUGGGGGCGAAUUGCUUUGAAUUUUCAGUAAGAACAGCCCCUAAUUUCCUUUGUUCUUGCUUGAAUUGGCUUGGGUUAACUUUGAUUGCUCUUGUUCCUCCAAUUUUGGGUAGUUCCCGUGAGCUUCCCCUGCACUUGCCGCCGGCUUCUCUCCCCCUACAGCUCCGGUUUCUACAGCUGGAGAAUUAUGGUUCCUGAUCGUUCUGUCAGUUAGCACUGAGAUUGAGUGCUCGGUUUUAUGCGAGUGAGGAACCGAAACCGAGGACGGGGAAACCACGGGAAGUGAAGAGUUAGAAAGCUAGCCAUUUCGGGAUUGAUAUAGACUUUAGAAGUAAAUCAUGAUCUUGUAAACCAGAGUGUAUUUGGAGAUUUAUGAUAUCAGAGAGAUUUUAUAAUUUGAUCUUCAGAUUUUGAUGGUAUCAGAGUGUGAAUAUGAUAAGUUCUGAGCCUUGUGCAUUUGUGGGACCCGUCUCAUGAGUGCACGGCGUCUGUCGCGUCUCGAAAUUAGAUGGCAGCGGACCUCAUGACACAGACAAAUCUCUGGCGCAAAAUAAAGUAGCACGUACUCAAGAAAAUGGUGCUCAAUGGAAUCCAAGGCAAAACUUUAUCUUAGAAAGAAAAUACACCGAAAGUAAAAGCAAUGGUACUACAAGAUACGCAUAUCUGCAGGGGGAAGUGGUGAAUUAUUGCCAAGUCUAAUAAUACAGUGAAGCCAGUUGCCCGUAUAAGUUUGUUUGUUUGUUUGUUUUUCUUUUUGAAAUAUAUCAGAUUUUUUUUU